ACGGAGCGGCGGCGGGCGGGCGAGCGAGGAGGAGGAGGGGGGCGCUGCUGCCUUCGUGUUUUUACUUGGUUCCGAAGGGCGAGAUCCGCUAACGAGGCGCUCUUUUCUGUCACCCCAAAUCCACAUCCCGAGCUCCGCCGACUGAGCGGCGGUGUGUUGCGUUUUGCUUUUGGCUUCUUCUUUUCUUUUUCCUUCUUCCGCCCCCACUAACUUGGGUUUCACGUUUGUUUUUCUGCCCCGUCUACUUUUCAAGAUGACAGAAGAAGAGAGUGUUCGGCACGUCAAGCUGGUGACUGGCCAGCUUCCGUGGGAUUUAAUGUCACCUCUAGAUUGGUUUAACUGAAGAUGGAAACACUGGAGUCAGAGCUGACCUGCCCGAUCUGCCUGGAGUUGUUCGAAGAUCCCCUUCUCUUGCCCUGUGCCCACAGCCUUUGUUUCAACUGCGCCCACCGCAUCCUGGUCUCCCACUGCUCCACCAGCAAACCCCUUGAGUCCAUCUCGGCCUUCCAGUGCCCCACCUGUCGCUACGUCAUCACGCUUAACCACCGGGGCCUGGAGGGCCUCAAGCGAAAUGUGACCCUGCAGAACAUCAUUGACCGCUUUCAGAAGGCCUCCCUCAGCGGCCCCAACUCCCCCAACGAGAGUCGACGCUUGCAGCAGCAGCGCCCCUACAGCGCCACCAUAAGCGGAACAAUUGGCGGCACCAUUGGCGGUGGCGGCGGCACAGGCGGAAGCAGCGCCCGUGGCAGCCCGGCCACCUCCAGCCACUCCCACGGACACAGCAACCACACCAACUCCAACCACAGCCCGGCUGUCGUGGCCAACAUGGACCCGCGCAUCAGCUGCCAGUUCUGUGAGCAGGACCCGCCGCGCGAGGCGGUUAAGACGUGCGUGACCUGCGAGGUGUCGUACUGUGACCGCUGCCUGCGUGCCACGCACCCCAACAAGAAGCCGUUCACGAGCCACCGCCUGGUGGAGCCUGUGCCCGACACUCACCUACGAGGCCUGACCUGCCUGGAGCACGAGAACGAGAAGGUCAACAUGUACUGCAUGGUGGACGACCAGCUCAUCUGUGCCCUCUGCAAGCUGGUGGGACGCCACCGGGACCACCAGGUGUGCUCUCUCACCGAGCGCUUUGACAAGCUCAAGGCCUAUCACGUGAGCCCGGGCAGAGUGUCAGACGCUGUAUUGGAGGCUUCAAAGACAAGCGCUGCGCAAACCUUGGAGAACAACCUGACCAACCUGGUGAAGAGGAACAGCGAGCUGGAGAACCAAAUGGCCAAGCUCAUCCAGAUCUGUCAACAGGUGGAGGUAAACACAGCCAUGCAUGAAUCCAAGCUGGUGGAGGAGUGCGACGAGCUGGUGGAGAUCAUCCGCCAGAGGAAGCAAGUCAUCGCCGUCAAGAUUAAAGAGUCUAAGGUGAUGAAACUUCGUAAACUGGCUCAACAGAUCGCCAACUGCCGCCAGUGUCUGGAACGCUCCAGCGCCCUCAUCAACCAGGCCGAGCACAGCCUCAAGGAGAACGACCACGCCCGUUUCCUCCAGACCGCCCGAAAUGUAGCCGAGAGGGUUGCCAUGGCGACGGCUUCCUCCCAGGUACUGAUUCCUGACGUCAACUUAAACGAGGCGUUUGACAACUUUGCCCUGGACUUCUCCAGAGAGAAGAAGAUUCUGGAAGGGCUAGAUUACCUAACGGCGCCAAACCCGCCGUCUAUAAGAGAUGAGCUCUGCACGGCCUCCCACGACACCAUAACUGUCCACUGGACGUCAGAAGACGAGUUCAGCGUCACCUCCUACGAGCUGCAGUACACCAUCUACACGGGCCAGACCAAUUUCAUAAGUCUGUACAACUCAGCAGACAGCUGGAUGAUCGUGCCUAACAUCAAGCAGAACCACUACACGGUGCAUGGCCUGCAGAGCGGCACCCGAUACAUCUUCUUCGUCAAGGCAAUCAACCAGGCAGGCAGCCGCAACAGCGAGCCAGCCCGCCUCAAAACAAACAGCCAGCCCUUCAAACUGGACCCGAAGACGGCCCACAAGAAGCUGCGGCUGUCCAACGACUGUCUGACCAUGGAGAAGGACGAGAGCUCUCUGAAGAAGAGCCACACCCCAGAGCGCUUCAGCGGCACGGGCUCGUACGGAGCGGCCGGGAACGUCUUCAUCGACAGCGGGUGCCACUACUGGGAGGUGCUGCUGGGAGCGUCCACGUGGUACGCCAUCGGCAUAGCCUACAAGUCUGCCCCAAAAAACGAGUGGAGCGGCAAAAACUCGUCCUCGUGGGUGUUCUCACGCUGCAACAACAACUUCGUGGUACGCCACAACGGCAAGGAGAUGCUGGUGGAGGCCAGCCUCCAGCUGAGGCGGCUCGGCGUCCUGCUGGACUACGACAACAACUCUCUGUCCUUCUACGACGCCAUGAACUCCCAGCACCUCCACACCUUCGACAUCUCCUUCCUCCUGCCGGUGGCGCCCACCUUCAUGAUCUGGAACAAAUCGGUCAUGAUCCUGUCGGGGCUGCCCGUCCCUGACUUUGUCGACGGUGCCCCGGACCAGCACGAGUCGCAGCAGCAGAUGGGCCUGUGCCGUCAGGAGUCACCUUACGUGUCCGGGAUGAAAGCCUGCCAGUAAGCUUUGGCAUGGCAGUGGCCAAUUACGCAUCCCCGGUGACUCGAGUACGUCUGGGAGACACUGUCAAUGAGAUUUAACUACUCCGUAUCUUCUGCAUAAAGUGUGGACUUGUUUCUUUGCGACCUUAUGGAUUAGGAAAGUGUUGGAAAAAUACAGUAUGUACCGGUCUGGGGAGUGUCGGUCCGCCUCGGUUUGACCCGGCUCUCCUCUUUUCACCGGUGGGUAUGAUAGUUACCCACGAUGAGCUCCCGAGUUUUCAGGAAGUGUUUUGUUGUUUCCGAGUAACAACAACGUUAUAGGAGGUCGACUUGCAUCAUGUGACUACUCGUCUUGUAUCAUAAGAGGUUUAUUGGAUUAUAGAAAAAAAAGAAGUGUUGAUUAUUUAUGACUAAACAAAAUGCUUUGCGUUUAUCGUUAAGCUUAACAUCCAUGAUGCACUUUUUAGACUGACGCGAUUCCCCUCUAGGAGACGUAAAAGAAGCUGGAGGUGCGUUUUGGCUGGAUUGGAAUGAGGAGGGAAAGUACUAUCACUGCUGCCCCGGGGCGUUUAGUCCUGAGAAAUACCCCAUUCACAAACAGGCAAUCAUCAAUCACGUGAUGGAAGUCAUCUUUUUUUUUUUCAUGAAUAUUAUAACAAGAUGUGUUGUACUGCACAAUCAGGUCAACUGAGUGAAAUGGGGAGAUUUUCUAUUGCAAUGGAGUCCCGUUAGUUUUUAAUGGGUCAUAUGUACACUGUAAUAAAAGGCAUUGCCACCAGAGAGCAAGAUGAUGGCUUUUCCCUCCCCAUUGCUCUUUCAAACAGCCAAUGUGUCAUUUGCAUAAGGGAUAUUAUGUUUAUGCAAUUUUUAAUAUGAUGAAUAAUGAAAAUACCUAAUUAUAAGAAAAAACAACAUAACACACAAUAUCAGCUAACUAGGGAAGGGGGCGGGUAUCACUUGCUGUCAGUCUUAAUGUCACGGCAUGAUUAUGUGUUUUCCUCUGUGAUUCGUCAACACUCUUAAGACACACACACACGUGCAUCAUGUUUUGUUUGGUUCGGCCUUGUUGUGUAAAUGCAUGCUACAUCGUAGGAUCCCACACCGGUCCACCGGGAAAUCUCAAGUAUCUCUUUCAACUUCACCCGUUACCGUUUGUCAUCGGACGCUCAGCUCACCCGCUCACCGCCACCCACGGCUAGUCAGGUAACAGCUAUGUACAGCCCCGUCAGUGUUUGUUCUUCGUUUGCAUUCGGAGGCCAGGUGUAGGCUGUGGAUUCAGGUAGCGGUUCCACUUCAGACAAUCACGUGUGUUACCACGGUGCAUGCAGGUCAAAGAGGCUUGCGGCAGGGAAAAGAUGGAUGAAGUGUCAUUAGGUUCAGCUGAAUAUGGAUGCUGUAUCUUAUUUUAUCUUGUUUUGUUGCGUGUAGUUGGAUUCAACAUUUGCAAACCUGAGAAUAUAGGUCUCAUACUACUGAUGCCUCAAGGCCAUCAUCGCCCCCGUUACAUAUGAGUGGGUAUGUCAAGUUAUUUUUACUUUUUUUUUUAUGAAAUUACUAUUUAGCGGGCUCUGGUUUGCAGGCCUCCUCCAGUUUAAUAGUAAAACGUUCUCACCCCGGCAGUAACCUAUUGAUUGCUGUCAUUUAACACUGGUUUCUUUGUUACAUAUCGAUGAGUGUCGACGUUUCGGCAGGAGAGUUUGAGGCCGUAGUCAAAAAGGCAAAACCUUCAGAUUUUCAGUACUCAGUUUUUCUGGCAUCUGCCCAACAUUUCAGCUAUCGAUUCACCAGUCUGAGGGAUCGACUGCCUCGGAGCUGCAAACAAAUCUGGUCGUCAGCCCGGCGGAGAUCUCUGUCGAAAAGAGUGGUGAACGUUACCCGACUUAACAGCUAUCCAGCCAUCCUGUUGUGUGAUGUCGGUCGCGGUCAGGCGAGUGUUAACCGGUGAUCCAGCCUACAGCUCGGCUCAUCUGUAAGAGUGAGCGCUUGGCCAGGUCAUUGCAUGAUUAUGUGACCUUGUGGCAGAUCCAUAACUCUCCCUGUGUUCAUUAGGUCUUUUCUUUUUACGAGGUCAAGCAUAUUCGUAAUUGCAAAAUAUAUAUAUACAGAUAUAGCCAAAAAACAUCAAAAAUCAACAUUUGGUCAAAACAUGGUUGUCUUCAUGCAUAUCAGGUUCCAGUUUGCAGUGAGGUAUAGUUUUUGUUUUUUUCUUUGUGCCACAAGUCAGUACAGUAGAAUAUAUAUGGUGAAUGAUUUUCAGUAGCUACCCACUCCUUGUAGUGCAGUGUAAUACCUUAGAGACAAUGCAAUAGAUUUUUCUUUUCUUUUUCUUUUUUUUUUGCUCUUUUCCUUUGUGUGACCUGGGAAAAUUAUUUUUUACAACUCAAGGAACGCGCUCCUCUCCUUUUGGUAUUUGGACCUCAACGAAGAGCACAAAAGGAGCGGUGCGUCAGAUUGAAAUGAGGCUUCCUGUUUCCAUAGAGUCAAUAGAGAUAAUUUUAGUCAAAAAGGAAUGUAAAUCAUAGGGGGAAAUAUAUAUUAUAUAAAAUUGUAAAAUAUACAAUAUAUAUAUGAACCAAUGUUAUUUAUGUGAAUUUAAGUCCAAUUAAAAGUCUGAUCCCAAA